AUGGAUCCUGGUACUGAGGAGGCCGGUCCGGCACCCCCGGUGCAGCCGUCUCGCUCCUCGCUUUCGCCCUCGCCUUCACUCUCGAAUUUACCUUUGCCUAUGAACCCGAGCUCAACGCCGGCCGAUGAAGACCCCGCCACACAACCGCAAGACACAUAUACCCAAACCUUAGCUGAGCUCCAAGCCGAGAUCGAGACUGAAGCAGAGGCGGAGCAAGAAAGAGAAGAGCAACAAGAAAGCUCAGCCUCAAGCUCCAAAUCCCGCCCCGUCUCCGCCGUCGUUCCGCCAUGGUGGCAACGUCAUGAAAGGAACGUUUCGCGCGCCUCGCAAAGCUCCCUUCGCAACACAAUCACCCUAGAAGACCACACAGCGGAUCCAGACUCGGAGACAAGCCGCGGGCUUUGGGCGCGGAACGUCGCCAUAAGUGACCAUUGCGUCGUGCAGGGGAAGACCGGGGUUGGCGCGUACGUUGUUUGGAACUGUGUCGUUCAGACUCUUGAUGGUGGACCGAUAGUCGUUCGAAUGCGAUAUUCCGAAUUCGACGACCUGCGCCAACGCCUCGUAUCUUCAUUCCCGCAUGCGAAAAGCGCGCUGCCCGCCCUGCCGCCGAAAAGCGUUCUCUUUAAAUUCCGCCCCAAGUUCCUGGAGAAUCGACGUGCUGGACUGGAAUAUUUUCUCAACUGCGUUCUACUUAAUCCUGAAUUUUCGAGCUCGCCUAUCGUCAAGGACUUCCUUUUUGGUCGAAUGUCAUGA